AUGGUUUCACCCAAACCCCUGUCCUCUGCUCCCCAUCAUAACCUCUCUCUCUCUCCUCUCUCUCUAGUCCGGGGUAGACCAGCAGAUCGUGGUGGUUCAGGGUCAGGGGUCGGAGGUCAGGAGUGUGAGCGCGCCCUGGUGCAGAAGCUGAGAGAGCGCUGUGAGGACCAGGCUCGACAGCUCCUGUCUCUGCAGGCUGAACUGAAGAGGGCUUCUCUUGGACUAGAGGUGUUUGCCAUUACUACACAGCACUUCUGCCACAAGAGUGAGAGUGCCAUCCUGAAGGAGAGGGAACUGUCCCUGGAGCUUGCCAGGAUCAGGGAUGAAGUGGCCUCAAGUGUGUCGCGGUGGGAGAUUCUGCAGCAGGACAAGGGGGAGUUGGAGCGGAGGUUUGAGCGGGAGCUGGAGGGUCUGCGUGCCCAGCAGCAGAGUGAGCUGGGCCGGCUGGAGGAGAGACUAAGGCAGUAUCACAGCCUAGAGAUACAGCGCCUGGAGGCCCAACGACAGGAGCAGCUGGAGAGACUGAGGACACAGCAGCUGGAGCAGAUGGAGGAGGUGACGGAGAACCAUGAGGAAGCUCUGACUGAAAUGGAGAACAACCACAAUGACACGCUGGUCACUCUCAAGGAGGAGCAUGCCAGGACUGUCAAAAACCUGAAGAUGGCCCAUGAGCAGCAGAGGAAGUCAUUGGAAGAGGACUUUGAGAAGCUCAGACUGUCGCUGCAGGACCAGGUGGACACGCUGACGUUUCAGAACCGCAGCCUGAGAGACCGAGCCAAGCGCUUUGAGGAGGCUCUACGCAGGAGCACCGACGAACAGAUAGUGGAUGCUCUGGCUCCAUACCAGCACAUUGAGGAGGAUCUGAAGAGCUUGAAGGAAGUUCUUUUAAUGAAGAAUCAACAGAUCCACGAACAGGAUGUCAAGAUCUCGGAGCUGGAGAGAAUGGCCCAAAAGAACGUGUUCCUGGAGGAAAGGGUGCAGAUGUUACAGCAGCAGAAUGAAGACCUGAGGGCCAGGAUAGACAAGAACCUAGCCAUGUCCAGACAACUCUCGGAAGAGAACGCCAACCUCCAGGAGUCAAUGGAGAAGGAGAGCAACGAGAAGAAACGCUUGAGUCGGAACAACGAGGAGCUUCUGUGGCGUCUGCAGAGCCCUCACAUGUCCCCCACCGGCUCCCCCAUCCACCGAGGCUCUCCCAUCCUCCACUCCUCCAACACCUCCUCCCCUGGUCACCACCGUUCGUCCGCUGGCCCUGGGUCACCCGCACGACCGCACUCCUACCACCAAUGAGACGCCUCUACUCAAUGCCUCCCCAUCGUCUCCAUCUCCCUAAUCUCCUUUUUUCCAGACGAGGAGGGGGAUGAUGGAAGAGCAUUUCUUCCUCCCACUACAUCCCUUCAUCCAUCCACUGACUUCGUCCAUUCACUGACUUCAUCCAUCCACUGACUUCAUCCAUCCACUGACUUCAUCCAUCCACUGACUUCAUCCAUCUGCUUACUUCAUCCAUUUAUUGAUUUCAUCCAUCCACUGACUCCUUCCAUCUGCUUACUUCAUCCAUUUAUUGAUUUCAUCCAUCCCCUGACUUCAUCCAUUCAUUGAUUUCAUCCAUCCACUGACUUAAUCCAUCCCCUGACUUCAUCCAUUUAUUGAUUUCAUCCAUCCACUGACUUCAUCCAUCCACUGACUUCAUCCAUUCAUUGAUUUCAUCCAUCCACUGACUCCUUCCAUCCACUGACUUCAUCCAUCCCCUGACUUCAUCCAUUUAUUGAUUUCAUCCAUCCACUGACUUCAUCCAUCCCCUGACUUCAUCCAUUUAUUGAUUUCAUCCAUCCACUGACUUCAUCCAUCCCCUGACUUCAUCCAUUUAUUGAUUUCAUCCAUCCACUGACUUCAUCCAUCCACUGACUUGUCUUGGGAAGUCCCUCUCCCUUUUUUUUUUUUUGGAGGACGGAGGAACUUCUUCUUCUACCCACAACGUCUCUCCUUCCAUCCAUUCAUCCCUGGAACUCUGGGACUUUUCAUCCAUCAUUUUUCAUCUUAAAUUUUUAUUCUCUUUAUUUAAUCAACGUUCUUUUCCCGACGUGGGAGAAAUAUUUUCCCCCCUUAGUGCAUAUUAGUGUCCCUAUCUGAGGACAGUUGGCUUCGAUGCUGACCAGACCCGUUUGGGGGGGUUCAGUUUAGUAUCUCUGAGGUGAACGACCCUCUGUCUGUAAAACUUGCCCAGGUCCAAUGUUCCACUACUAGAUGGAUAUAGACACAGGCCAAGGCAAACACAUCUGUGUGACAAAUUCUGAAGUGACAGAACGUGUUUCUCAAGUAAGGACCGAGGGCAACGCUCUCCUCCAUCCCAUCUUGUUUGUAUCUCCCACCUUCGCGUAAUUGUAAUAUCACAAUAUCACUCUGGAACCAUGGAGGUUUUGAAAUGUAGGAUUUUAUUUUUUUCUCUAUCAAAAACACGCUGAUGCCCCUUUCCUUUGAUGAAUUCUAUCAAGCAGCCAGACUGAAGUAGAAGAAGGACUCUCUCCACCAUUUUGGAUCUCAUGGUGCCUACAGUAUCUCUCUCCAUGUAUUUACCUCCAACUGUAUCUUCAGCUACUGGUCAGAAACGCAACAAUGAAUACAAGAAGCGCCUUCGCUGUCCUGCCUUUACUGUCUGCCUUCUGUAUACAGUAGGCAGGUCUCUCACCAGCAAUAUCCUUCUCAAGCCCCCCCCCCCCCCCCCCCCCCCCCCCGGGAACUACACAACAGCAUUAAGAAACAACUGCAUAUGUAUUCAUAAUGUUAGCCUUCAUAUAGUGCAUAUUACAUUUACGUGUUAGUCGUUUAGCAGACAGUCUUCUCCAGAGAGACUAACAGGAGCAAUUAGGGUUAAGUGCCUUGCUCAAGGGCACAUCGGCAUAUUAUUAUUAUUUUUCUCACCUAGUCAGCUCGGGGGGGUGGGACCUUUCGGUUACUGGCUCAAGGCUGUUGACCGCUAGGCUACCUGUCGCCCCGCAUAUUAGUUACAGUAUAUAAGUAAGCAGCAAUGAAAUUCUACAUACCGGUUAAGAUCAUAAAGUCCUGACGACCCCAUUUAAUCCAGUUAGCCCUAGACUGCUACUGAGCCACAUGGCGGAUCAAUGUUGGACACAGAAAUCUACCGACCUAACAAUGACGCUGUCCUAGAAAGACUGGGAUCGUCAAGGCAUCCGUUCAGUGCUUUAGUUGAGGGUCACUGUAGGGCUAUGCAGUACUUUAGGGUCCAUAGACAGUAGUACUGUGCAGUACUUUAGUUGAGGGUCACUGUAGGGCUGUGCAGUACUUUAGAGUCCAUAGACAGUAGUACUGUGCAGUACUUUAGGGUCCAUAUACAGUAGUACUGUGUAGUACGUUAGGGUCCAUAGACAGUAGUACUGUGUCGUACGUUAGGGUCCAGACAGUAGUACUUUAGGGUCCAUAGACAGUAGUACUUUAGGGUACAUAGACAGUAGUACUGUGUAGUACUUUAGGGUCCAUAGACAGUAGUACUUUAGGGUACAUAGACAGUAGUACUGUGCGGUACUUUAGGGUCCAUAGACAGUAGUACUGUGCAGUACUUUAGGGUCCAUAGACAGUAGUACUGUGCAGUACUUUAGGGUCCAUAGACAGUAGUACUGUGUAGUACUUUAGGGUCCACAGACAGUAGUACUGUGCAGUACUUUAGGGUCCAUAGACAGUAGUACUGUGCGGUACUUUAGGGUCCAUAGACAGUAGUACUGUGCAGUACUUUAGGGUCCAUAGACAGUAGUACUGUGUAGUACUUUAGGGUCCAUAGACAGUAGUACUUUAGGGUCCAUAGACAGUAGUACUGUGCAGUACUUUAGGGUCCAUAGACAGUAGUACUGUGCAGUACUUUAGGGUCCAUAGACAGUAGUACUGUGCAGUACUUUAGGGUCCAUAGACAAUAGUACUGUGUAGUACUUUAGGGUCCAUAUACAGUAGUACUUUAGGGUCCAUAGACAGUAGUACUGUGCAGUACUUUAGGGUCCAUAGACAGUAGUACUGUGCAGUACUUUAGGGUCCAUAGACAGUAGUACUGUGCAGUACUUUAGGGUACAUAGACAGUAGUACUGUGCAGUACUUUAGGGUCCAUAGACAGUAGUACUGUGCAGUACGUUAGGGUCCAUAGACAGUAGUACUGUGCAGUACUUUAGGGUACAUAGACAGUAGUACUGUGCAGUACUUUAGGGUCCAUAGACAGUAGUACUGUGCAGUACGUUAGGGUCCAUAGACAGUAGUACUGUGCAGUACUUUAGGGUACAUAGACAGUAGUACUGUGCAGUACGUUAGGGUCCAUAGACAGUAGUACUGUGCAGUACGUUAGGGUCCAUAGACAGUAGUACUGUGUAGUUCUUUACUUUAGAGUUGAAUUCACAGUUGGGAUGUACAUUACGUAGGACAGUCUUCUGCCUGCAUUGGACCAUGUCAGACAGCCUCUCUACAAUCCUCCCCAUCUGUCUUCAGACCACAACGCCUCUACUCUCUUUUCGCCUCAUCUUUCCUGUUUACAUAGAGGAUUUACAAUAACCCAGAGAAUCAUGUUGAACUGACAAUCAAAAUAUGUUUUCUCUGAUGACAUUUGUAGGAUCUCACUCACUGUAAAGCAUGGUGGUGUAGCUGUCUUCCUGUUUUGUUCCCAACGACCUGGUUGUGGGGUAUCCCCAUUCUUAGGGACUCCCACCCACCCAGACAGUCAUACAGCAUGUCAGUAGGAAAAUGAAUUGAAGUGGAUUGUGUCUAGCGAAAGGUUUGUCUAACUGUUGUCAAAGAAGUGCAAAGCACACCUCUGGUUACCUCUUUUUGAAAUUAAAGUGUUGCAGAUGAAUAGAAGAUAGAGACUCUGUGGUUGAAUAGAAGAUAGAGAAUCUGUGGUUGAUAGAAGAUAAAGACUCUGUGGUUGAUAGAAGAUAGAGACUGUGGAUGAAUAGAAGAUAGAGACUCUGUGGUUGAUAGAAGAUAGAGACUCUGUGGUUGAUAGAAUAUAGAGACUCUGUGGUUGAAUAGAAGAUAGAGACUUUGUGGUUGAAUAGAAGAUAAAGACUCUGUGGUUGAAUAGAAGAUAGAGACUCUGUGGUUGAAUAGAAGUGGGAUACUCUGUGGUUGAUAGAAGAUAGAGACUGUGGUUGAUUAGAAGAUAGAGACCCUGUGGUUGAAUAGAAGAUAGAGACUCUGUGGUUGAAUAGAAGAUAGAGACUCUGUGGUUGAUAGAAGAUAGAGACUCUGUGGUUGAUAGAAAAUAGAGACUGUGGUUGAAUAGAAGAUAGAGACUCUGUGGUUGAAUAGAAUAUAGAGACUCUGUGGUUGAAUAAAAGAUAGAGACGCUGUGGUUGAAUAGAAGAUAGAGACUCUGUGGUUGAAUAGAAGAUAGAGACUCUGUGGUUGAUAGAAGAUAGAGACUCUGUGGUUGAUAGAAGAUAGAGACUCUGUGGUUGAAUAGAAUAUAGAGACUCUGUGGUUUAUAGAAGAUAGAGACUCUGUGGUUGAAUAGAAGAUAGAGACUGUGGUUGAAUAGAAGUAUAGAGACUCUGUGGUUGAUAGAAUAUAGAGACUCUGUGGUUGAAUAGAAUAUAGAGACUCUGUGGUUGAAUAGAAGAUAGAGACUCUGUGGUUGAUAGAAGAUAGAGACUCUGUGGUUGAAUAGAAUAUAGAGACUGGUUGAUAGAUGAUAGAGACUCUGUGGUUGAUAGAAGAUAGAGACUCUGUGGUUGAUAGAAAAUAGAGACUCUGUGGUUGAAUAGAAGAUAGAGACUCUGUGGUUGAAUAGAAGAUAGAGACUCUGUGGUUGAAUAAAAGAUAGAGACUCUGUGGUUGAUAGAAGAUAGAGACUCUGUGGUUGAAUAGAAUAUAGAGACCGGUUGAUAGAUGAUAGAGACUCUGUGGUUGAUAGAAGAUAGAGACUCUGUGGUUGAUAGAAGAUAGAGACUCUGUGGUUGAUAGAAAAUAGAGACUGUGGUUGAAUAGAAGAUAGAGACUCUGUGGUUGAAUAGAAGAUAGAGACUCUGUGGUUGAAUAAAAGAUAGAGACGCUGUGGUUGAAUAGAAGAUAGAGACUCUGUGGUUGAAUAGAAGAUAGAGACUCUGUGGUUGAUAGAAGAUAGAGACUCUGUGGUUGAUAGAAGAUAGAGACUCUGUGGUUGAAUAAAAUAUAGAGACUCUGUGGUUGAAUAGAAGAUAGAGACUCUGUAGUUGAAUAGAAGAUAGAGACUGUGGUUGAAUAGAAGAUAGAGACUCUGUGGUUGAUAGAAUAUAGAGACUCUGUGGUUGAAUAGAAUAUAGAGACUCUGUGGUUGAAUAGAAGAUAGAGACUCUGUGGUUGAAUAGAAGAUAGAGACUCUGGAUGAAUAGAAAAUAGAGACUGUGGUUGAAUAGAAGAUAGAGACUCUGUGGUUUAUAGAAGAUAGAGACUCUGUGGAUGAUAGAAGAUAGAGACUCUGUGGUUGAAUAGAAGAUAGAGACUCUGUGGUUGAUAGAAGAUAAAGACUCUGUGGUUGAUAGAAGAUAGAGAGACUGUAGUUGAUAGAAGCUAGAGACUCUGUGGUUGAAUAGAAGAUAGAGACUCUGUGGGUUGCGUCCCAAAGUAGUGCACUAUAAAGGGUGCCAUUUCGGACCGCGCCCUGUACUUCCGUUCAGGUCCCUUGAAGGAAAAGCCAUGUGUAGUGUUCUCACUCCGUACGUCAUUAAGCAUGAUGGAUUAAUGAGUUCUUAGGCGAAGCGUGUGGCAUAACCUACAUGUCCCCUUGAAAUACAUUGAGCAUGUGACCUACCACUCUCUGAAUGGUACUGACGUGUUGAGAAUCACAUUGAAAAGGCUAAGGAGUUGAUCCAGAUUGAUGUACGGGUUACAUUAGUAUCAUAGUUGUUUUCCUGCAGCCCCAGGCCUUGGCACUGAUGAUGCCUGCAUUUAUUACGUCUGUAUUAGUUAGGUCUGUGAUCCUGCAAGUGGCUGUGUUUACACAGGCAGCCCAUUCUGAUCUUUAGUGGCUGUGUUUACACAGUGCGUCCAUUCUGAUCUUUAGUGGCUGUGUUUACACAGUCCGUCCAUUCUGAUAUUUUGCACUAUUAUUGACAAAUGAACUGAUCUGAUUGGUCAAAAGACCAAUUAGUGAAUAGAAUAUCAGAAUUGGGUUAUCCUGUGUAAAUUCAGCCAAUGAUGAGGCAAACCUCACGGGAUACAUUUACUGAUCUGAAGUGAACGUUCUAGAAGAAUGUUCUGGUACCAGUCUUUUGUUUAUUUAUUUACACAUCGUAAUCAUGGUGAAUCUACUCUUGUUGUCACUCUCUGUCCAAGUGUACUUAUCAUUGCAUCUCUUUGCGAUCAACUCAAAAAAAAAAUAAGGAUUUCCUUUCUUUUGUGCGUAGCCUUGCGUCUCUGUGUGAGUCAAACAUUUUUUGUUUUGAGAUCCACAAGUGACAUCUAGGCAGCUGUGGAAAAUCCAUCGUGACUUUCAUUCUCAUUUUCUCCAUCUGACUGGAUCUUUUGUCGUGUCUUAAUACUAGCUAACCAGGAAGUCUAGUUUGGGAAAAAAAUUGUUCAAUGGAGUAUGAUUAUGAAUGAUUAUUCACGAUGAAUAUUGUAAAACAGGAACCAUUGUAUUCAUUGUAUUGAACUGUGAUACCUCUUGUCUCAAAUCAGAGAUCAAUCUCAGGUCUUGAAGGAAAUUCAUGACUCAUAACAGAAAGCCAAGAGACUGCCAUUUAUUCAUUUAAACAUUUUAUUUUACAUUUAUUCAUGAUUUUUAAAUGUGUUAUUGUAUUUAUUUAUUUUUUGUGUGUUUUGUAUUGUGACACAACAUAUUUAAACCACGUUGUAAAAUGUCCCCCGGAUGUAAAGUAUCAUACAGUAUUUAUUCUUUUUUACUUUAAGGAUUUGUUUAACAACAUUUAGCAAUGUAAAAAAUUAAAUAAUAUUAGUUGAUUCAGAGUUAGAUGAUGUGGUGUAGAAAACCACCACUUUCCCUUGUAUAGAAUGUCCUAUUUACACUGUGUCAAUGUGUCAAGCAUUUGAAGCAGAGUAACACCGAUAUCUGAAUGAUGAUGAUAUCUACCUAGAUAUAGAUAUAGCAGAAUAGAUAUAGACAUAGUAGAACUAGAGUAGUUUGACUGCAUGGCUGCAGAGGAGACGAUGCCUCCCCAGAUACCCUUACCAGAGGUUAGCCCUUUGAGCUAAAAGGCUGAUAGCUCAGUAACUGGUUGGUAACAUAGGGAAAAGGUAAAGGAAGGUUAACCCUUCAGGCUAAAGGCCGAUAGUAACUGGGUUAGUAACUGGUUGGUUACAUAGGGAGAUUUAUCUGAAACGUACUGUUCUGUCAGGUUUGGAAGUGCAUUGAUUGAUCUAUGUCUUGCGGACGUGACCAUUAUGACCAAUGUACUCUAGAACUCUUUAAUGUUCCUUCCAUUCUAGAACAGAAGGUUGGGUUCCCAGUAGAUGUACUCUAGAACUCUUUAAUGUUCCUUCCAUUCUAGAACAGAAGGUUGUGUUCCCAGUAGAUGUACUCUAGAACUCUUUAAUGUUCCUUCCAUUCUAGAACAGAAGGUUGGGUUCCCAGUAGAUGUACUCUAGAACUCUUUAAUGUUCCUUCCGUUCUAGAACAGAAGGUUGGGUUCCCAGUAGAUGUACUCUAGAACUCUUUAAUGUUCCUUCCAUUCUAGAACAGAAGGUUGGGUUCCCAGUAGAUGUACUCUAGAACUCUUUAAUGUUCCUUCCAUUCUAGAACAGAAGGUUAGGUUCCCAGUAGAUGCAUAUCUAAUGAGGGGUUGGUGUCUCACAUGUUGAUGUUGAUACCUUACUUAUUGCUAUUGUUUUACGUGAUAUUAAUAUUUUAUAUUAAUUUUGUUGUAAAGAUUGUAUGGAAUUCUUCUCCAGCACAGGUUAUGCUAUGUUGUUGAUCUGAAAGCAUGUCUCUUCAAUAAGUGUCUUUUGUUUUUUAUAAAGAACUUGGUUUCAUAUUUGUUUGGAUGGUAGAAGUUAAACAUUGUGGUUUUUAUUAUGAGACACUAAUGUCUGUAUAUGUGGCACUUUGGAUUGAAGUAUUAAAAUAUAAUGGGGGAAAAAUAA